AUGUCGCUCGUGCCACCUCCCACAGCGGCUUCACUGUACAAGAGCCGAGGACUGGCCGUGCCACCGUUCCCCCCUUUUCAGCCUGCUGCAUCCUCAUCAUCGUCGACGUCGUCUGCCUCGUCGCGAGGCGGAAGCUCAAAAACGCAGAUCCGAGAGCUCCGUGGCGGACACCGUGCUUCGCCCUUGACCGCCGGCACUGUCGCCGAAAAGUCGUCAGGUGCAACGGGAGCGGGGCUUAGCACAGCACGAGGGCAAGGAGCGGGAGGUGCCCCAUGCUCCGUCCGCGCCCUAGGAUGGAGCAUAGACGGGCGGAAGCUGGCGACGUCUGCAACAGACCGCACCAUCCGAAUCUGGACACCCGAGAGAAGCGUGGAUGCCAGAGCCACAGUCGAGCUCAGAGGCCACACUGACUCGGUCGAGCAGCUCGCCUGGGAUCCGGUCAACGCCGAAAGGCUCGUCAGCGUGGCAGGAGAUGAGACGGCCCGCUUUUGGGACAUCAGAUCGGAAGCACCGACAGCAACCAUAGCGACGCCAGGGCCGAACAUCAAUGUGGCUUAUCAUCCAGACGGCAACCUCGUGGCGGUGGGAGAUAGGGAAGACACCGUGUCGCUGCUCGACGUCCGCAUGAACAAGCUUGUCGGUCUUGUCCGCUCGGCAGGCUCUCCGCCCUCCCUCUCCCUGUCUGAAGGAGCGGGCGAGCUCUGGACCAAGUCGGAGAGGGAGGAGGUCAACGAGUUCAGCUGGACACCCGAUGGCUCCCUAUUUGUUCUCGCCACCGGGGGCGGCAACGUUCGCCUGCUCGACUCGACAAGCAUGCAAGGCGGCCUCGACUCAUCAUCGCCCACUUCAUCAGGCGCUGCGACCAAGAAAAAGCUGCAGGACUACCCUCCCGUGCGUUGGCCGCUCGUCCAUACAAUCGUGGGCCAUACCGCCAGUGUCUUUUGCCUCAAAUUUGACCCCCUCGGCCGAUAUCUGGCGACAGGUUCAGCCGAUAGCACCCUCGCACUUUGGUCGACGUCCGAGUGGUUCAAUGUCCACAUGUCGGGCCACCUCUCGUACCCGCCCCGAUCUCUCUCCUUCUCCCACGAUGGCGAGUUUCUUGCCUCAGGUGGCGAAGACAGCUUCCUCGCAGUCUCUCCCACCUGUCCUCAGGUUCUCGAGGCCGCCACCUCUGGUGCACUCGCAGCGCAGACAGCAGGCGGCGGAGGAGCGGGCGUGUUCAAAAUACCGACAAAGGCGGCGGUCAAUUGCCUGGCUUGGCAUCCUAGUCGCUUUUACCUCGCCUACGCUGGCGACGAGAGAGAUGGCACAGUGCGCAUUUGGGGCAUGACGAGCAGCACUUGAAUUUGCGCUUUCAUGGUCAUUAUCAGGAGUGUGAAGGGUGAUUUACAACAAGCAAGAGAGAGAGGUACAUGCCAUCUGCUC